UUGAAAUAUAGUUAAAGCGGUUGUUAAUAAAAUCAUUAUAUAAAGCCGAAAACAGGCUCAUGCUCCUUGACCCCACCACCAGUUCCCAACCACACCCAUGUCUCACCGUUUCAUGAUUCUCGGUGGUCAAUAUUCACCCACGCCGACACCGCCAGAACCAACGCCGGACGACCACUACGUAAUCUAUAGCUCUCAGUUCUUUCUCUUCGUCGGCCUUGUAAUCAUCUUGUUUUUCUUACUUUGCCUUAUCGCCCUCAACGCCGCCGCUCGCUGCACCUGCUUCCGCUGGUUUUCCGGCAACACCGUUACAACCACCCAGAACGAUCACUUCUCGCUACCGGCUUCCAAGCUUCUGAGAAGCAUUCCAAAGCUCACGUACUCCGGCGAUUCCAUGACCGAGAGAUUCUCCGAUUGCGCCAUCUGCCUGACGGAAUUUGUUGUCGGAGACGAGGUUAGAGUGUUGCCGCUUUGCAGCCAUUGUUUUCACGUCGCGUGUAUUGACAGAUGGAUCGUAUCUCAUUUUACAUGUCCGUCGUGCCGGCAAAUGUUGUUGAAGACGACAAGGUGUGAUAGAUGCAAUGAGGUGCCGGUUGCCGGAGUGACUGGAACUCAAUCUACGGCGGCGGAAAUGACGAGUGUUACGAUUGACAGGUUUUUGCCCUAGCUUGUGUAUAAUUCUUGAUUAGGGUUAAAAAGAAUUGUAGAUAUAUACCUCAUUUGAAUUAUUUUUAUAUGUUUUAUAUUUUUUA